AACACCCCCCAAAAAAACAUGGUUUUUGGCAAUAAGUUAAUGUUUUUUGAUGUGUGGAAAAUGAGCCAUUUCAAAACAUCCUUAUUGUUGAGUCACACUGCACCGUUACCUAGCAACCCCAGCAAAGCCCCGCCUGUCACCUAGCAACUCAGGUGGAGCUCCAAGAUGUGGAGCUGGUUUUACAGCUGUAUGCGCUGUACAAUGGCUGCUGGAAAAGACAUCCAGAAACAACUUGCUGUAUUCUUGUUGGUUGUGCAGGAGGCUCUACUUCUGCUUUUCAAUGACAUACGGUUGUGUAAUUGUGCGUCUAUUUGCAGCCAUUUUCAGGUGAGUGUAAACAUUGAGUUGGGAGGCGUGGCCAGCAGCAGCUUAUUUGGAUUUCAAGUGACAAGAGGCUCUAAAACAUCUUAUACUGAAAGCUCAAGAUAGGCAGAUCUGACCAGACUAAAAUGAACUAAGAACGAUUUUGUGUAAAAAUGUAAUUAACAUGUUUUCUAUAGACCAUAGGAAGAAAGAAUUUUAGGUGAGCUUUAAAUUUGUUUUGUUUUUUUUGCAGAAUAUUAAGAGAAGCCGGAUUACUCAGUCUGUAGAAGUGGGCCACAUUCCUCUCUGGGAUGUUUUUUUCUUUUUUUUUUUUACUAAAAUCCAAGGCGGCACAUUAUUAGUUGAAUUUUCUGACUUUUCUUCCUCUCUACCCUCCUUUCCUUCACGAGAAAAAGCAGUAAACACAGGCUGUAAGCGCGGCUCCGCCUGGAUCUCAGAGGCUUGAAACUCCUCCCCGGAUCACAUGUAAGGUGAGGGAAAAGGUUCAGGGUCUGCAAUGUGCCUUCGCUUCAUGACAGCUAAUAGUUUUAUUUCAUAAAGUGGUGAACGGCUUCUGAAUGGAUGUUUGUGCUUCCAGCAGAUAGAUUGAGAGUCGUUCGCAGGUUCAAACAAGCAGCACAAUGGUGGACUGGGACUAUGACUAUCUGAUCAAGCUCCUGGCGCUCGGCGACUCGGGCGUGGGAAAGACCACCUUCCUCUACAGGUACACAGACGGCAAGUUCAACAGGAAGUUCACGACCACGGUGGGAAUUGACUUCAGGGAAAAGAGAGUGGUUUACACGGGGACCGGUGCUGAUGGGACGAGUGAGAGGAACUUCAGAGUCCACCUCCAGCUCUGGGACACAGCAGGUCAGGAGAGGUUUCGCAGCCUCACAACGGCUUUCUUCCGAGAUGCAAUGGGCUUCCUGUUAAUGUUCGACUUGACCAAUCAGCAAAGUUUCAUUAACGUCAGGAACUGGAUGAGUCAGCUUCAGGCCAAUGCGUACUGCGAUAACCCAGAUGUGGUGCUGGUGGGAACUAAGGCAGACAUCAGAGACACGAGGAAUGUUAACGCCAAACUGGCCAGAGAGAUGGCUGACAGAUAUGGCAUCCCCUACUUCGAGACGAGUGCUGUGUCGGGAGUGAAUGUGGACGCCGCUGUGCUCACCCUGCUGAACCUGGUGAUGAAGAGGAUGGAGCAUAGCACGUAUGGGGCCCCUGGCUCUGAACCCAACGGCAGCCCCACCGCCAGCCAUGAGGUGGAGGAGGCCCCCAUCAGGAGGUGGUGCUCCUGUUAAUGUUCCCAGCAGCAGCAGCAACGGCGUAGGAGAAACAGACUUUAAAAAGUGGUGUAUAGACAAAGACUUAUUGGAAUGUCCUAUAUUUCUUUUGGUUUCUCUUGUUGUGUUAAGAACAAAAUAAACUACUUUUGUCAGUUUCUCCUAGUUUGUUUUCAAAACAAAGAAGCAAU